GGAAAUGACGCCUCGCGCAUGCGCCGCUCUCAACAGACCCCCUCCUUUUUCGGUUGAGGAGCUCGGUUGCUUAGCAACGCUCUGCGUGCCGCUUGUCCGACGAGCGGGCCUGUCGAGGAGUUUCGAAGGCGGCUUGAGGGGGCGAAGGCGACCCGAGCCUUCCCUCGAGGGGGCCGUUAGCCUCCGAGGCACCGGUGGGCCCUUGGCCUGGGCGCGGGAGAAGGGGUCGGAGGCGGGAGAGGCUGAGGAAAGCGGACAGGGGCUAAACAUACCCAGCUCAUUCAGCCUUUCCUCAGAGGACAGUCUCCAGGCCUCUUGCAAUAUAUGUAUAAUACUUCCUUCUGGACAUACAGUAUUCCAGUUUAUCAAGUAUAUACUAGUUCAAAUCAGUGGACCAUCACUCUGUGUUGAAGAUAAGGAAAUCGCCACUGCCUCCAGUUCCCUCAUGCAAAGGAAAAAUUACAAGGGGAGUUCCUGGAAACGAGAGUCUGUAGCACUUACAGCCGUGGCAUUACAAGAUCAUAUUUUACAUAAUCUUCAGCUCCAGAAUCUUUCAUUAGCUGAUCCUCUUAAAUCAAAAGCACAAAAUAAAAAGAAUAUAUAUAGACCUGUGAAUAAAGAGACAGUCAGACCAAUAAUAGAUACAGGACUAAGGAAAACAAACAGUCAUCAACCAAAAAAUGAAGACCCAGAAAAAGAAUAUGUGCUUGAUCCUUCUCCUCAACCGCUCACUUUAGCUCAGAAACUUGGGUUGGUGGAACCUCCUGCCAUGCCAUUAACAAUGGAGGAAUGGGAGCAUGUGAAGCAGCGAUCCAUAAAGCAGGGAGAUUCUAUUCAACCUUGUGCUAUAUGCAGAGAAGAAUUUGCACUUCAGCCGCAGGUGUUGCUUUCGUGUUCUCAUGUAUUUCACAGAGCAUGUUUGAAAGCUUUUGAAAGAUUUGCAGGUAAAAAGACCUGCCCUAUGUGUAGGAAGAUCCAAUACCAGACACGAGUAAUACAUGAUGGAGCGCGGCUAUUUAAGAUGAAGUGUGCUACGAGAAUUCAAGCUUUCUGGAGGGGAUACAUUGUUAGAACAUGGUAUAAAAAUCUGAGGAGAACAGUUCCGCCCAAGGAUGCCGUGUUAAGAAAAAAAUUCUUUGAAGAAAAGUUUACAGAGAUUUGCCAACGAUUGUUGAAUUCAUAUGAUAACCACAUAGAUGAACUCUUCUCCGAGAUUGAUUCUACGGUAGCUGCAAGUCAAGAUGUGUUUCAGCAACUGGACAAAAAGUUAGGCUCAUUUAUAAGUGAUGUUGAGUGGGAAAAGAUACAAAUGCAGGCAUUUCGGCAAGACAUCAUUGACUGCCCAAUUUGCAUCAUGCCACUCAUCCACCCCACCCAUCUUGACCAUGGACUGGACAAAGAGAGCUACCCAUCACAUUCCCAUCAGACUGUUCUACUCUCCUGUUCUCAUAUGUUUCAUUGUGCUUGUCUUCAAGCAUUUGAGGAGUUUUCCUUGGGUGAAAGACCUGUAUGUCCGCUAUGCCGCUCGUGUUAUCAGAAGAAAAUCCUCAACUAAUAUUUUAAUGUACAUGAGAAAGGAUAUAGAUAACUCUAUUAUAGAUAAGAUGUCACUUGUGCGUGGGCAGCGGCUCUUAACAGUAUUCCCUCAAAGAUGUCCCUGGACAUACAAGAAGCCAAGGGGUGCAGGGGAUAGCUAAACCACAUCUCAGAAACAAAACACAGCCACUGAUUUUUUUUUCUCUUUUAUUCAAGGCCAGGACUAACAGCACAACAUGUCAGUAGUGUGCUACCAAGAAAAUCAAAUCUCCAGGAUCCUUCCCUGCCCUGCCCGCAUGAAGUUUUCAACAAUAUGGAAUUUUGAUUUGAACCUUCCAGUUCCUAAGCAAUCUGAUCAUUUCAUUCUCUUAAGCCUCCAGUAACCCAGAUAGUACUGCGUAUCUUAACAGUUUAGGACAUGACAAUACUCAAUCUAUUGUGGACUUAGCUGAAUUUUGCCAUUCCUUGUCGUCAUAUCUCCUGAUUACCAUAUGUGCUGAAUACUGACAGUGAGAAGAAAUUCCAGGAGGCAAGGCCAUCCUCUCCAAUAAUGAGACAUUAAUAAAGUUAAUGUAGAAGAUAAUGCUUUUCCCUCAUGUAUCAAAUAAACGCAACUGAACAGUUGUUGCUAUUUCUCACUCUAGCUGAGAUGAAAAACAGUUAUUUGCUGUGAUGGGUCAAUAAGCUGAAGUUGGUGGACAACCUCCAUAAAAACAGGAUUUAUAUCUGCAUGGUUUGUGCAUCUAAACAAUUAUUACAGGAAACAGUAUUUUUUCUUUUCUUUUGCGGGUUGUAAGUUCAUUUCCCAAAUACCACAAAAGAACAAACUUACCAAGAGAUAGCCGUAGGACAAUCAAGUGAAGCAACCAUUGACAACAAUGCAACAACAUCAUAGAGAUGUGCAUGAAGCUCAGAAACUUCUUCCAGAAUAUGAUUUCACAGUCAAUCUUUCCACCAUAUCUUUUAAAAAAUAUGGAUUUUAUAGUAACUGGAAUUUCUUUAAUCUAUCUUCCUAUUAGACAAAAACAGUUGCAAAACACAGAACAUCUCUGGCAACUGUAAGAAGGAAGAUUCUGGUGCCCAUACAUAUUAAUGUGCCUCCCCCCCAAAAAAACCUCACAUCAAUGCAGGUGGAAUAUCUGAAUACUCAACAUCUAAGGAUUUCAAUUUAUAUGCCAUUAAAUUAAUUCUGAAUCAUGGCAACUCUUUUCAGGGUUUCCUAGGUAGACAGUACUCAGAAGUGUUUU